AUGCAACUCAGGAAGAUCGUCUCUGCCCCAAAUCGCUUUGAUGAGGAGAUCUUGGUUACAAAGCCUCGAUCUACCACCAAACCGGCCUAUCCUGCUUUGAUGGCUUCCCAAGUCGGGGCCUUUGAUCCAGACAAUCCGCCUGCAGCAUUUCCUUCUCUGCCUUUGAACUCACCACCAAGGAGAUCCAAUACCUCAGCUGGCGUUCCGGAUAGCGGCCCUCAGGCCAAGGAUAGUGGAAUGAACGCAUGGCUGGGCCCCGACCGACGCAGCGCCUAUGUGUGGAGAGAUCUGCAAACGAUAUCAGCUCCUGUAGACUAUUCGGUGUUUGGUUCCUUGCCUACGCCCGAACGAAAACAGGCUCGCUCGCCUGAUUUGUGGAUUUCUCUGCCGUUGUCUCUGCAAUAUCACAUCUACAAGCAAUUGUCCCUAUCUAGGAGUGAUCGGAUAAUAUCACGGAUUCUAGGCUUAUCAGAAAAACAUUUCAAGGAGCUUCAGGCCGCGGUCGCCCUCCGCGAUGAAUCACCAGCAUCUGUCUCAGACAUCUGGAAUUCUUGUGCGAACAGCAAUACCGUCCGUGAAGACUCAACGGUCGGCGACAUCAUGGACAUUGAUUCAGAUAUUUUCCAACAAAACCUCAACACUAUGGUUUUUGCAGGCAAGUAUGAGGUGGCCUAUGAAUCCGAGAUCAUGAGAGCAAAAACGUUCCUGGAAUCUCGCAAUGUUCCGAGCACAAUUCUUGGGAUAUGGGUACCAGACUGCACGGGAUCGGAAGAUAGUACUGAAUUCUUCAGGCAUCUCCCCAAAGAGGUUGCAAAACUAGUUGGCUUCAAUGAUAUCACUCUCGGUCUCUUCUCCGGUGGAUAUCGUUGGCAGGGAACGUCUAGACAUGUUCAAUCUAGUUUUCUGCGAACCGAUGACUCGAACAGCACCAAAACCACUAAAAUACCCGUGAGUGGCCAAUUAGCCGAUGCCUCAAAAGACCAGGAAUUGAGACCUCUCAUUUCGGGGUCGACACCUAAACGCGGUCGUCACCCUCUUGCCACAGUCACCCUCGCAAUGGAACCCCUCAGUCCACCUCGUAAAACGUUAGGAGGCACCCACCACCGUAAAGAAAGUUCUAGGAUUGGACCGCAAAAUGAUACUCAGGGUCAUGGGGAUGAGAGAAUGUCGGGUGGUACGCAGUUGCGCAAUCGAAGUAGCAUUCCAGGCACGAGAGACAGGGACUCAUAUCACCAGGACAGUGAGUGGCAAAUUGAUGAUUCCUCACAAGAUGAAAGCGGAAGCCCAACUCCUAGACCAAGGAUAUCCACUACCACAGCUUCUCAAAUCUGCAAUGCUGCUUUCCUGACUCUCGAGAUCAAGAAGAAAGACGAACUGGCGAACGUAUUCAAUGGCCACCCUCCAACAUACAAAAACCCUGGCUCACGAGAGACCACAAGUCUCUGCUCGUUUCCGCAAAAUGAUACUGUUCAUCGAAAGGUUGUCACUCUGAAAUAUACCUCGGACAAUUUCAACCUUACGUGCACAAACAGCACAUCUUUGCCCAUAAGAUCAUCGAAAGGAGACUUCGCCGCCGUCAAUCAGGGCAUCUCCAAAGAGCUGUCACCUCCUCAAGAUACUAUUUCUUCCUAUGGUGUUCUAUUACCAUCGGUGAAACGAAAAGCGUCCUUUGCAGACAUCUCCACCGUACCUAUGAAGCGUGGACGGCUUGGUUCCACUGGAACUCACACACCAUCAGCAAUUAGAGCUGAGAAGAUCGUUCAAAGUAUCGAGACCGAGGAUACUAACUUCCCUGCCAAUACGAAUAGCCAAUGGCUUUUUGGCUCACACGAUGAAGUUAUGCUAGCACAGCCUCAACAAAAUAGCCCGGCGGGCCGACUCUCCGAUCGUGCACCAUCAUUCUCUCCAAUACCCGAGAACGAACACUUGGAGGAUUUCCAGGCCCUUCUCAAGGCACAACACCAUUCAGCAAUACGAGAUGAAAGAAACGAUGUAAGAAUCGUUGAUAACACCUCUGGAUGA